CCCGCCUCGCUUGCAGGUCAACAAAGCAGAUGGUGAACGGAGACAGAACUGAUCAUGGGGGCGAUAACGUCUGUUUACUCUAGUCGUGCAGAGACCUCCAAUCAAUCUAACAAGACAGAAGGGGAAGAUGAUGAUUUGCUGGAUGGAAAGAACAGAGAGCAAGACAUUGCUCAGUUUCCUUACGUUGAAUUUACUGGGCGUGACAGCAUUACCUGUCCAUCGUGCCAGGGAACUGGAUGCAUUCCUACAGAACAAGUGAAUGAGUUGGUGGCAUUAAUACCAUACAGUGACCAGCGUUUGCAACCCCAAAGAACAAAGCUGUAUGUUUUGCUCUCAGUUAUCCUUUGCCUCUUGAUAUGUGGCCUGGUUGUAUUUUUUCUUUUUCCGCGCACUGUGCUGAUAGAAGAUGGUGGUAUCAAGAUGGUAAAAGUAUGGUUUGAUACAGAAAAUAAAGUUGUCAUCCUUGGAAUGACGAGUACCUUGAAAAUAAGCAACUCAAACUUUUAUUCGGUAUCUGCUGACAGUCUAACGAGCCAAGUGCAAUAUAUGAAUACCGUUAUUGGCACACAACAGAACAGUAAUGUGACUCUAGUUCACCCGCUCAGUGAGAAACAGGUGAAUUUCACAGUUAAGGCAGAGUUGGGUAAUACUCUUUCGUAUUUAUAUUACUUCUGUACAUUACCAUCAGUUAAAGUUCAUAAUAUUGUGGUUUUUAUGAGAACAUCUGUCAAGUUUUCCUACAUUGGACAUGUGUCCCAAAGCUCCUUGGAAACCUACCAGUACAUUGAUUGUGGGGCUAAUUCUACUAUUGUUUGGGAUAACUCCAUAACUGGACCCAGAAAAUAGGCAAAUGCUAAAAGCUUUUUCAUAUUUUGGCUGAUUCCACAGUAAAGAUGGCUGUGCAUGUUUACAUUAAAAGUCCUAGGUACUGUAAUAAUAAUUCUGUUAAAUUUUAAAAAUUUCUCUAAACAUACAAUUAUUUGGCAGUCAGUAAUAUUAGAGAAUGUCGACAAGUAGCAAUCCUGUCCCAUUUGUAAUGUUAUUUAUAAAGAUGUACAAACUCCAUAUGAGAUCAGUUCAUGUCGCUUAUUUAAUCCAAAGGGAAGGGAACUAAAGGUUAACAAAUCUCUACACAAUAAUCCUUUUCUUCAAAACAUGUUGUAAAGAUCAUUAGUCAAAAGAAGAUCUUAUUCAGUCCAGAGCAGUUUAUGAACUCCCUGGAAGGGAACUUAUGAAUAUAACAUUCUGGUUGUAAUUUUAAUUUAAGAAAGGGUAAGAAAAAAGAUCAUUUUGUUUAAAUUGUUCUAUUUCUGUGGUUUUGGCUUGGCCUCUAUGUAGGUGACAUGUACAGGUAAAGGAUUUAUUAUCCAUAGACCCUCUCAUAGACUCCAUUAUAAUCAAAUAAUUACAUUUUUUAAAAAUGAUUUCCUUUUACUCUAUAAUAAUAAAACAGUACCUUCUGCAGGACCCUAGCUAAGAUAAAUGCUUAGUGGGGGCAGGGCAAUCCUAUUGGGUUUAUUUAAUAUUUACGAUAUUUUUUAGUAGAUUUAUAGUAUGGAGAUCCAAAUUAUGGAGAGACCCCUUAUCUGGAAAACCCCAGGCCCUGAAUAUUCUGGGCAACAGGUCCCAUAAUUAGGGGUCAGUGUGUUUGUUUGCACCUGCACCUGGAGGAUACCAGAAUCACCCAGCUGUAUUCAUGGUAAAUAAGCUAGAUGUUGACACAUUUAAAAUGUUUUCAUAUAUUUUGUGCCAGCAAUUCAAUAUUCUUAUUGGCUAGAAUUAGCCUAGUCUUGACUGAAUAUUUUAAAGGGAUAUUAUAAUUUAACUGCGUAGCUCAAUACCUUUAAGGCAAUGGCAGACAGAAUGUUUUGAUUCCAGAGAUAAAUCUCGGCUACAGCGGCUGUCAGAAUGACCUUGUUUCCUCACUACAGGCCAACACGUGAAUUUGCUGCUGGGAAAACAUAAUGCGGCGCAAAGUAACCGUGCCACAUACGUUUCCCAAGCAGGGAUUUGCAUGUUAGUUGCUGGAGAGGAAACAAGGGAGGUUUUGUUGCCUGCUGUAGCUAAGGUUAGUCACAGGAAACAAAACAUCUGUCAUUGCAACAUCCAUGCCUUUAAACGAUUCAGUGUUGUAGGUCUAGAUCCUUGAUUAUGUUUUGGACUCUGGGGUACAAACAGUAGAGCAUCUUAUGUCUGGAAGGAAAGGUAUUCUACUAUGCAGUUAAAUAUAUGACUAUUUUUUCUGUAGAUUCAGCUUUUUUUCUUUUUCUUUUCAACACUGAUCUUAUUAAAUAAUGUUGUGCAGCUUUAA